AUGCCCAACGCGUCGUCCUGGGAGCUGGGGCCCUCCAACGCGUCGGACCCCGGCUUCGCGCUGGGCUGCCCCAACGCGUCCAGCCCGCCGCCGCCGCCGGCGGCCGUGGCCGUGGCCGUGGCCGUGGUGUACGCGGUGAUCUGCGCCGUGGGGCUGGCGGGCAACUCGGCGGUGCUGUUCGUGCUGCUGCGGACGCCGCGCAAGAACGUCACCAACCUGUUCCUCCUCAACCUGGCCGUCGCCGACGAGCUCUUCACGCUGGUUCUGCCCAUCAACAUCGCCGACCUGCUGCUGCGGCGGUGGCCCUUCGGGGAGCUCCUGUGCAAGCUCACCGUGGCCAUCGACCAGUACAACACCUUCUCCAGCCUCUACUUCCUCGCCGUCAUGAGCGCCGACCGCUACCUGGUGGUGCUGGCCGCGGCCGAGGCGCGCCGGGUGGCGGGGCGCACGUACGGCGCGGCGCGCGCGGUGAGCCUGGCGGUGUGGGCGCUGGUGACGCUGGUGGUGCUGCCCUUCGCCGUCUUCGCCCGGCUCGACGAGGAGCAGGGCCGGCGCCAGUGCGUGCUGGUCUUCCCGCAGCCCGAGGCCUUGUGGUGGCGGGCGAGCCGCCUCUACACGCUCGUGCUGGGCUUUGCCAUCCCGGUGACGGCCAUCUGCGUCCUCUACCUCGCCCUGCUGUGCCGGCUGCGAGCCGUGCGCCUCGACGGGCAGGCCAAGGCCCUGGGCCGCGCCAAGAAGCGGGUCACGGUGCUGGUGGCGGCGAUCCUGGCCGCGUGCCUCCUCUGCUGGACGCCCUACCACCUGAGCACCGUGGUGGCGCUCGCCGCCGACCUCCCGCAGACGCCGCUGGUCGUCGCGGUCUCCUACGGCAUCACCAGCCUGAGCUACGCCAGCAGCUGCCUCAACCCCUUCCUCUACGCCUUCCUGGACGGCGGCUUCCGCAGGAGCCUCCGCCGGCUGCUGGCCUGCCGCCCCGCCGCCUGA